GCGCCGCAGGUGGACGCGGGCACAUCCCCGGGAGGAGCGAGGCUUCGGACCCUAGGUCGGGCUGGGCUGCCGGGCUGCAGCCAGAGACCCGACCCGACCCGACUGCGAUCCGGCCUCGGUCAGAGGAAUAAGCCAGCACCAUGGACUGGGGCACCCUGCACGCUUUCAUUGGGGGUGUAAACAAACACUCCACCAGCAUUGGCAAGGUGUGGAUCACGGUCAUCUUCAUCUUCCGAGUCAUGAUCCUGGUUGUGGCAGCUCAGGAGGUGUGGGGUGACGAACAGGAAGACUUCGUCUGCAACACGUUGCAACCAGGAUGCAAGAACGUGUGCUAUGACCACUUUUUCCCCGUGUCCCACAUCCGACUGUGGGCGCUGCAGCUCAUUUUUGUGUCCACACCAGCCCUGCUGGUAGGAAUGCAUGUCACCUACUACAGACAUGAAGCGGCUCGCAAGUUUCUGCGUGGGGAGAAAAGGAACGAGUUCAAAGACUUAGAGGAUAUCAAGAAGCAGAAGGUUCGGAUCGAGGGUGCCUUGUGGUGGACAUACACCAGCAGCAUUUUUUUCCGAAUCCUCUUUGAAGCCUGUUUUAUGUACAUAUUCUACUUCCUUUACAACGGGUACCACCUCCCGUGGGUGUUGAAAUGUGGGAUUGACCCUUGCCCCAACCUUGUAGACUGUUUCAUUUCCAGGCCCACUGAGAAAACCGUGUUCACCAUUUUCAUGAUUGCAGCCUCUGUGAUCUGUGUGCUGCUUAAUGUGGCUGAGCUAUGCUACCUGUUCCUGAAAGUGUGUGUUAGGAGAUCCAAAAGAGCGAGGGUGCAGAGAAAUCACCCCAAUCAUGCUAUGAAAGAGAAUAAGCAGAAUGAGAUGAAUGAGCUGAUUGCAGACAGUGGGCCUAACGUAAUCACAGGCUUUCCUAGUUAAAUAUUUCAAAGGAGAAAGCUGCCAACUCAACAAAGCUGGGGUCUCCUUCCUGAGAACAAUGCUGCCCUAAACUUCCCUUCUAAUCUAAAUAUUUUGCCUUUAUAAAUAGCUUUCACAUUACUGAGUUAACUUUUUGUAGGAUAAGGAUACUAUUAAUAUUCAACACAAUCCCAUACAUACAUUGCCCAACUCUGAAAACUAAGAUUAACAACUGUGCCUUAGAAUAACUUUAAUGGUUUAUUUUAAGCAAACCUGACAAAAAGUACAUGACUGUUGAUGAUAAAAAUUUGUCUACAAGGGGUUUAUACUUUGACUAUUAGAAGAUAUUUUUAUAGGAUUGAAUUUUUAGUUCUGACUUUGAAUUUAUAUAAAGUAUUUUUAUAAUGCCUGAUUCUUACCUGGAAAAACACAUAACAUUGGUUUUAGAAUUAAACUCUAAAUAUCUAUUGAACUCACAUAAAGCCUUUCUUGCUAUAAAUCUUGUCUUGAGUUUCUGUUUGCAUUGAUGGUCAAAAGCCACCCAGUGCUCUCCAGGUGACAAGGGUCCAUUGCACAGCAUCUUUCUUUUACUACUUUUUGAAUGGUGACAGCUCUGUGGAAGUGGAAUCUUUAGUUAACUUCAUUGCAGUUAUUGUGAGCAGCUGCCACCUGACUGUGCUUGCCUCAAUAAAAACCACUUCAUUGCCUACU